AUGUCGUCGCGUGCAAUCCAAGUUUGGUUUCAGAAUCGUAGAGCCAAGGUAAAAAGGGAUGCCCAGGAGUCAAAGAAUGCUGCAAAGAUGAAUAAGCCAAAGAAAUUGACCUUGGCUGCCGGUUAUUGUCAAGAGAAAAGAAUUACUGAUUUUGACUCAAUCCGUUCCACGUCACCAACCUCCUCGGUGCCUUCCUACACGAACUCUCCGACAGAUUCUAAAUCGAAGGCGGACCUAUCAACUCAAAUAAUGGUCAGACCUAAUACACAAAGUCUCGCGAAUAUUUCGUUCGCUCUAACUUCGUCGACCAAAAACCAUCGAGGAGAAAACGUUCAAUCUACGUAUUACCCUCAAACUAUCUCUAGCAGUAAUAAUAACAAUAUGAACAAUGACAACAGUGGGGAAUGCGAUUCCGCAACUGGAUUACUUCAACAAGAGGGCUACUGGAAUGCACACGCUAGCUGGAAUGGAGACAGAUCGACCUGUCCUACCGCUUUCUUUGAUCCAGAAAGCGGUAGUCUUACAAAUGAUCAAAGAUUUGGGACCUCACCUGCCUUGGAGAUAUCACCAUUAUCCGAACAAAUUUUUGAUCCCUUUUAUCAAAGUUCUUCCGGUCCCUAUUACUGGCCUAAUGGUCGACAGGAAAUACUAACUUCACCAGCUGGUCUUGGUGUAGAAAUAUCCACGGGACCUAACAGUACCCCGAUCCAAAGUUCCGCUUCAUCUUCGAAAUUCGAAAAUUUGUCGUCAACCAUUAGUACCCCUCCUUUGACAUCCGUGUUUCCGACCAACUUUACUACACCCAUCUGGGCAACUUCCUUUGUCACCAAUAUCAACCAAACGGAGGAUAGCAAUGAAUCCAGGAUCCAACCCAUUUCACCAUCAAUCGAAUCAUCAAGUUUACAUAUCUCGGUAGAAUCUAGCGAUUCACAAAACUAUUCACACGAAGAUUCAUUCCUACCUUCGACCGGAGACAUUCAUGUUAAAGAAACUAUCACCGCAAAAAAUACUCACAAUUCACAAUCUCCAUACUCCUCUGGAUUCGACAGAGAAAAACCACCUUCGGUUGAGGACGAUGGAGAGAUUGAUGUUUGGGAAGAUUUGUAUCAGCAGUAG